AUGGACCGUCCAAAUGCAAAUAGCACUAGGGAAAUUUACACAGAAAAAAUGCAAGACUAUGAUAGAGAAAUCAAUAAUGAGCCAGAUUUUACUCGCGGAAUAUUUGGUUCAUAUAGCCAAUCGCCUACUAAGCAUUAUAAUGAAAUAGGUCAAUUCCAUCAUGUUGAGUGUAAAUCCUUGAAUGAUCACAGCAUGGAUUACUAUUGUGAUGUCAGAAAUACGGAAGUAUUUGAUUCAGAUCCCGAAGGAGUACUUGGUAGUUGCAAGGAUUCCCGCAAGAUAUGCGGCACAUUGUCUCCUACUCUGGCCCCUGGUCCGUUAUUAUCCAAUUCUUCAGCUGCAGCCGCAUCUAAAGCCAGCGGUCUUGGUGGGAUAAUGAGCAUUGCCGCUGCAGCGGCCAAUCAACAAGGAAAGCCAUUGAAUCUUGCAGCUCUUACGUUGGCAGCACAAACUGCUAAUCGAAAACGACCGCAUGCUCGUUCGCAAUCAGCUAAUACCAGGCCAGAACGUGCAUUGUUUUGCCUUACUUUACGCAACCCUAUUCGUAAACUUUGCAUUAACAUUGUGGAAUGGAAGUAUCCUUUUAAUGAUGUUCUAAACUAUUUAUUUUUCUUGUUUAAUCUCCACAUGCACGUUUUAACUUUGGGUGCCAACACACCAUAUCCUGAAAAAGAUUCUGACAUAGUCAAUUCCUUCCUG